CCUGGACUGACUUGGAAGGACCCGGACGGACCCGGAUGGACCUGGACGCUGAAGAAUCCUGCCUGCAGCUUCCUGCUUCAACUUAGCAAUCCUUCCCCUUGCUUUCAACCAUGAAGUUCUUUCCAGUCCUGCUUCUCAUGACCAUCAUGGCCCAGCCACUCACCCAUGCCCUGGAAUGCUAUGUCUGUGAAUACAAAGGGUACAACUGCUUCAAGCCCAUGAGGUGCCCCAAUUACGUCAACUACUGUAUGACCACCCGGACCUAUAUCACUCCAACCAGGGUAACAGUCAGCAAGUCUUGCGUCCCCACCUGCUUUGAGACCCUGUACGAUGGCUACACCAAGAAUGCUGCCACCACGUCCUGCUGCCAGUAUGACUACUGCAAUGGGGCUAGCCUUGGGGCCCAGGCCUCCUCAGCUCUGGCCCUCACCACAAUCCUCAGCACGCUCUGGGGGCUGCUCCCCCCCAGCCUCUGACCCAGGCUAACUGGACCCCUUCCCUUUUCCCAGAAGCCCCAGAUCAACUUGGCUCUGUGAGAGAUGAGGAGAACAUGGCGACUUCAUAACCGUCCCUGGCCCCUGUCCCACACAUCGAGGCCCUCCCAUGGCCUCUUCCCAGGACCACUUCAUCCGCCACAGCCCCCAGCACUCAUGGGAUGUCAGACCCUCCCCAGGUGCUUUCUGUUCAAGCCUAGAUCCUCCCCUUGCUGUAAGAGGCCUGCGAAUCCUUCCCAUACUACCAGGGGAUGGGAGUGGUACUUGUUUCUAACUAAUCCAUAAGCUUCUUCUCUGCCUGUCCAUUGAAGGCAGAGGAAUCUGUUUGGAGCCCUAAGUUGGGGGGCAGAAGGGGAAGAGGCUCUUGGAUUCUUGGAUUUCCCUAUACCCUUGUUCCUGGACUAGUUUUAUUUUUAUGCUGACCAUCUCGGAACUCUUCACACUUCUGCUCCUCGACCCCAUCCGCUUUUCAAAAUGUCUGACUUUGAACUUGAUUGACUAAUGUGGGACCUGACACUCGAAAUGUUCAUGGAUCUGCCAUCCACACUGGACUCCUU